AUAAAACGUAAUUAGUUAUUACUAUAAAAAAAAAACAUAAACAUAUCACGGUUUAAAAUAUUUAUAAUUAUUUUAAACCAUUUAUUGUAUUAUAUUAUCAAUGUUAUCAUACAGACAAACAAAGAGAUAUUAUUCUGUAUUACAGUGUUAAUUAUUGUUAAGAUAGGUAAUAACUAAUACAUAGUUAUUAAUUUAUAGUGAAUUAAAAAAGCAUCACAAUUUUAUAGGUUUUUAAGUAAUUUAAUGAAGUGAUCUCCUACUAAGAAAAUGCCACCGAAACAGAGAAAAAUCGCUAUUAUGGGUUAUCGUUCAGUCGGUAAAUCAUCAUUAAGCAUUCAGUUUGUUGAAGGUCAGUUUGUCGAUUCCUAUGAUCCAACAAUUGAAAACACUUUUGUGAUAACGACCAAAGUAAACAAUCAAGAAUAUGACUUGAAAUUAGUUGAUACAGCCGGACAAGACGAGUACUCAAUAUUACCGACACAAUAUUCUAUGGACAUUCAUGGAUAUGUUUUAGUCUAUAGUAUUACAUCACCAAAAUCUUUUGAAAUUAUACAAAUCAUUUACGAUAAAUUAUUAGAUAUGACAGGCAAAGUACAUGUUCCUGUAGUAUUGGUAGGUAAUAAAAAAGAUUUGCAUAUGGACCGAGUUAUCUCACAAGAAGAAGGACGGAGGUUAGCAGAUUCUUGGAAAGCUGUAUUUCUCGAAGCUUCGGCCAAGCAGAAUGAAGUAACGUCUAAAAAAUGUGUAGCUGAUAUAUUCCAUACCAUGUUAGUGGAAAUUGAAAAAGCAAAUGGAAAUACUGUUCAAGAAAAUAAUAAAUGUAGUAUUUCAUGAAAAUGUAAAAUCAUAGUAUCAACGACUUAUUUAUUUGAAUUGUUAUUAUGAAUUAUGAUACUUAAAAAUUAAAAUAAUACUCACAUGUGUGUUGUUAAUGUUAAAUGUUCAUAUAAUUUACCAUUUAGUUUGUUAUUCAACUUUGUAUUUUUAAUAUUUUCUAAGUUAUGUAAAUAUUAACUAAUUUUUGUUCUAAAAUGUAUAAAAUACUAUUUUCUACCAUCCAUAUAGAGAUUUAUUGUUUUUUAACUUUUGUAUAUUUUGUACAAUUGGUGCUAAAUUGAAAUAAAAAUAAUGUGUUUGUAUGUAAUUUAAACAAAAUCAUCAUAACAAAUAAAUAAAAAUAUAACUUAAAGAAAUUAAAUAUAUAUAUAUUUACAUAUUUA